AUGGGUCGUAAAAAGCAGAAGAUAUGGAAACCUAUGCAAAUGCUGACUGAGAGAGACAAGGAGGAAAUCUUAAACAUACCCAACUUGUAUCCAAUGCUGAAUGCCAUGCGGCAGCAUUUAGAAGAUACGAAUGUCAAGCAGAGCGUUGAAAAAAAGGAGGAUAUGGUCGUGCUCGAUAAGAAAGCACGGGAGGACGAUAUUGCAUUUGCACAUAAAAACUUAUGCGAAUGGGUUGAUAAGGUAAAGGAUCCCAAUGAUAUCGAUGACGUCAAGGGAUUCAUUGAAGAUGUUACCAAGGAACUCGACAGCCUUGUACACUUCGCAAAGUUUCGAGUCAAGACGAAAUCCAAGCCCGAUACCAUGGAUUAUGCAUUGCUCGAGUUCUGGGAGUCGGGCCUGACCGAUCUCUCUGGCUUUGACGGCCUGUGCACCAUCGACGAUGCGAGGAAGGUGAAGAUCCAGACCAUGGCCAACACGCUGAAGCUGCACGAUGGCGUCACUGAGAAGGAGUCCGCAGAUUCGGAGAAGAUGGAGGUAAUCUAUAUUUCCGAUGAGUCCGAUGCCCGUGAAGAGAAGGGAACCAAGAUCAACACGGAGGAUUCCAAGCCCCUCAGCGAGGAAGAAGAGGACUGGGGGGAAAUGGAGGAAGUAUCCGACGAUGAAGAAUGGGAGGAAUUGAGUUGA